AUAAGCUAAAGCGGAGAGCUCGCCGCACUUUUCUCAUAGAUCCAUUUAUAUCAUCAACAAUUACAAAUGAGCGCGCAAAAUGGAAAACUGAUUUUAUUCGCGAUUCUUAUUAAUUAAAUAAUCAAUGAUUGGAAUGAUCUAUACAAAAAACAGAGAUUAUAAUUACAAUUCUGAUGCCUUUUUAACAUAAUCCACAGAAUAUGUAUCAAACUCGAAGGCAGCUUUUAAAAGUGAAUACUGGGCUCCAAAACUCUGCUCACCCUGAGGUAUCCAAAAUAAAUUUACGUAAAAGAGGUAAAAAACCUUCGUGUGAAUCUCUUUCCAACUCUGCAAAAACAAUUUGUAUUCAAAGUAUUGACAAAGAGAAUGUAACAACCGUUGAUAGUGUUCAGUUACCUAAAAGCAAUAAGCAAAAUGGUAAAAUCAAGCCAUCUAAUGUCUGCAGGGAUAAGACAGUUAUUCAUGAAGCUGAAAAUCGCUCCAAAAGCCAGCAGAAAGAAAAAAGUAAAGCUAAGAAACGUCAAGUUUUGACCACCAAAGAAAAUGUUAAUUUUAAAUCUGUGGGUAAAACGGUAAAUUCUGUUGUAAAUAAUUUGAUUUAUAACAAAUGCCUUAAAAAAGGCUCUAAGGUACUUGGUGAAAAAAUUAAACAAUCUGUUGUAGAUGUAUACGAUAUAAAUGUUGACGAUGAUUUGAAGAAGGAAGAACUAGAUUUGAANUAUUUAUCUAUAGUUACAAUGGUUACACACUUAGAAUUUUUACCUUUUACCAAAGUUCAAGGUUUUGGACACUUAAAGACAGUUUAG